AUGAACAGCUGGCUCAACCCCCAUUUCUUCUUCUUCCUUCUCAAUAUCAUGAUCGCAACCAUAGCCUUCACCUCAACCUUCACUAACCGCCAUCAUCAUCAUCAUCAAAAUCAACAAACCCAAAACCCACCUCAAGAUGAACAAAUCCAACAACAAUCAUCCUCAAUCCCCACCCCACUACAAGAUUCCUUUACCCAAACAACCCACAAUCAAGAUCCCUCUCCAAAAAUCCCUAAACCAAACCCACAUCCCAUUUCCCAAGAAACCCAUUUCGAACCAAGCCUGAAACUCUUGCAGGUAUUACCAGACACUCCGGUGACGGCGGUGAGACCGGAGAUGAGGAAAUCGGUGAGCAUGAAAACAGAAACAGGGUACAUCAAAGAGGAAGAGGUUGAUGACUUCAUUAUCGAAUCUCGCCGGCCGGCAACAAUGAGGGAAAGGAGAAGAGGAGAUAUGAAGGAAGGAGUGGAUGCGGAAGCAGAUGAUUUCAUUAACAGAUUCAAGAAACAGUUGAUGUUACAGAGGAUGGAUUCUAUAAACAAGCAAAGGGAGAGGGUAAGAAUGUAA